AGUACUAUUUGCUGGCAGACUGACUUCGGUUGUCAAAUCACAAUUCCGGAGAAAAGAGCCUAAAGUACUUUCGUCAUGUUUGCCCUACGCUUGGUUGUCCUCUGCGCAGGGUGCCUAUCCGUCGUCCUGGCUGACACUAGGAAACUGGACUUGGAGCCACCCACAACUUUUGCCGCUGAGAACUGGGAAUAUAGAUUGUCCGAGCACAUAAAUCCCAUUAAUUAUGAUAUAACGUUGCGUCCCUAUUUGCUGGAAAGCGAUAACACAAAGCGUUUCACCUUCGAUGGUGAGGUGUGGAUUGAAAUCGAACCGGUGCAGACUACAAACCUGGUGUCGCUGCACUCGAAAAACUUAGAAUACUCGCGCAGCGAAUAUUGGGAAAAGCCGGCUGCAGGUGCCACAGCCCAAAUCCGACAGAUAACUAACCCCACACAGAAUGCUGAAACAGACAUCAGGAGUUUCUAUACAGGUUUAGAUUUGAUUGCCAAACAGCGAUACAUUCUGCAUUUCAAAUAUACUGGUCUGAUGGGGGAUGAUAUGCACGGCUUCUAUCGCAGCUCCUAUGUGAAUGACAACAAUGAGACCAAAUGGCUGGGCUCCACGCAGUUCCAGACAAAUCAUGCACGUCGGGCUUUUCCUUGUUUCGAUGAGCCGCAGUUCAAGGCCACCUUUAAUGUGAGCCUUGAGCGUCACCACACCUUCAACAGUGCGAGUAACACAAGGCAAAAGUCCAGCACACAAACCGAAGAUCCGGAUUACUAUUUGGAUUUUUAUCAUACAACGCCUAAAAUGUCCACAUAUUUGCUGGCCUUCAUCAUAUCCGAGUUCGCCAAGCGCAAUGACGAUAAAUUCGGUGUUCUGGCUCGCCCCGAGUAUUACACACAGACGCAAUACAGUUUCAAUGUGGGUCGCCAAAUUCUGGAUGAGAUGGGCAAAUAUCUCAAAUUGGACUACUAUACGUUGGGCAAUAAUAAGAUGGAUAUGGCUGCCAUACCCGAUUUCUCGGCAGGUGCAAUGGAGAACUGGGGCCUCCUCACCUACAGGGAACGCAGCUUGCUGGUCGAUGAGUCAGCCACAACGCUGUCAUCUCAACAGUCCAUUGCCGUACUUGUGGCCCAUGAACAGACGCAUAUGUGGUUCGGUGAUCUGGUUACCUGUAAGUGGUGGAGCUAUACCUGGCUAAAUGAGGGUUUCGCCCAAUACUUUCAAUACUUUGGCACCGCCCUUGUCGAGAAGAGCUGGCAACUGGAGAAACAGUUUGUCGUGGCUCAACUUCAGCCGGUGAUGGGAAUGGACGCGACCAUUGCCACAAAUCCAUUGAGUGAUGAGAACACUUAUACGCCGGCCCAUCUUAGCCGUAUGUUCAACAGCAUUUCCUACAACAAAGGCGCCUCGUUCAUUCGCAUGAUUGAGCACACCAUGGGCACUGAGAAUUUCCAGACAUCCCUACAAGAAUAUCUCGUCAAAUACCAGUAUCAGUCAUCUGUGCCGGAGUUCCUGCUGAAUGCGUGGCAGAAGAACUGGCCAGAAGAUAGAUUCAAUAGCAGUUCGGUUGAGAUCUUUAUGAGCUUUACCACCCAGGUGGGCUAUCCGCUGAUCAAUGUCAAGUUGUCCGAUGAUGGCAAGACUAUCACGUUCAGCCAGAAACGUUUCCUGCUCAAGAAUGAUGGAUCCGACGACAGUCUGCUUUACACGGUGCCCAUUAGCUACACCACCAGUCAGGAGAAAAAUUUCAUGGAUACCAAGCCGAAGCUUGUGAUAUAUACCGCAACCCAAACUACCCCGUUGAGCAGUGCCGCUAAUUGGGUGAUUGCCAACAUUCAGGAGACUGGUUACUACCGGGUCAAUUACACUGAAAAGAAUUGGCAUGCAAUUCGCUCCGAGCUCGUCGGCAGCAGCAACUGGGGCGAUAUACACGAAGUCAAUCGUGCCCAGAUUGCUGACGAUUUACUGAAUUUGGCACGAGCCGGACACAUUCACUAUGAUCUGACAUUGUCGGUGCUGGAGUAUUUGGCAUCGGAAGUCAACUACAUACCAUGGACAUCAGCGUUUAACGGAUUCGACUUCCUGGCCAUACGCCUGGGUACGGAUACAGCCCAUUUCGGCUACUACAUCCAGCAGCAAACCUCUAAUGCCUAUCUCAAGCUGGGCUUUGGCGAGUCCGACACAGAUGAGGCGCUCGAUGUCUAUUUGAGGACAAAGGUGCUAUCCUGGAGAUGUCGCUUUGGCAAUGCCGAAUGCAUUGGCCAUGCCAAGACCUAUUUCAAGUCACUCGGAUCGGUGCCCAAGAACCUUCGCUCCGUGGUCUAUUGUGUAUCACUGCGCGAGGGUGGUCCCACUGAGUUCGAUGCACUCUAUCAGAAGUUCAAAGAUGAAAAGGUGGCCACCGAGGCGAUGCUGCUGCAGAACUCGUUCGGUUGCGUUAAGCAACAGGCGCUCAUCGAACGUGUCUUCGAUCUGAUUCUGUCGGAUGAGAUUCGCAGGCAAGACAAAUCAUCUGUGCUGACUACCCUCUACACUGAGAACAACGAGAAUGUUAGUCCCGUCUUUGCACUGGUCACCACACGCUUUGAGAAACUAGCUGACGCCAUGGGUGGCUACUCGGCGGUUGCUACGGUCAUCUCUAACAUUGCUUCACGCUUCACGGAGCAAUCGCAAUACGAGGAUCUGCAAAAGUUCAACUCGCUGAACAGUGCCAAGUUUGGCAGCUCAGCAACCACAUUGAAGGCAGCGGAAACAACCGUCAAGGAGAACCUCGACUGGGCCGAAUCCAAACUGGACACCUUCCGUGUCUAUUUGGCCAAGUAUAACGGCAGCGCCACGAUCAGCGGUUUCAGCCUUCUCUCCUUGCUGCUGGUGUCUUUGACCACAUUGCUGCACUAAGGCCAUCAGAAUCUAAGAUUGGAAUUACUCAUUCAACAAAUGUAUUUUUUUGGAAUCACUUUCUGCCCGUUCAAAGUCAAUAAAUUAUCCAGAUAAGAUUGCUUUGAAUAAAACUAACUAUUGCAACAUUUUAAUGAAA